UUGACAUUGUGAUGUUUUUGUUUACAAAGGUGCCUUUUCCUUUUUGUGUUCCUGUUGACAAAACGGUUGUCAUGGCGUCCCUGGAGGAGGAGUUGACGUGUUCAGUGUGCCGUGACGUCUUCAGCCAGGCCCAGCCCUUGCCGUGCGGCCACAGCUUCUGCCCAGCAUGUGUGCGAGACGCCUGGGGCCACGGGGAGGCGGGGGUCAGGGGUCGCUUCACCUGCGCACAGUGUCAGGAGGAACAGGGGGUUGUGGCGUGUGACUGCUGCCCCCCUGUGGGGGACGGGGACCAGUCUGGGAACGCUGCAGCGGUGAAGACCUGUCUGCGCUGUGAGGUGUCUCUGUGUGCUGAGCACCUGAAGCCCCACCUGGAGCGGCCCGCCUUCAAGACACACCUGCUAGUGGAACCUCUGGGAGACCUGUCCCACCGCAGGUGUCCUGCCCAUGAGGAGAUGUUCCGCUACUACUGUGCAGACGAGCGGGUGUACGUGUGUGCAGACUGUUUAUUGGAGGGUGGCCACGCACAGCACCGGGUUAAAGGACUGAGGAAGGUGGAGGAGGACCUGAAGGUCAUCCUCCAGAGCCUUCUCCAGAAAGCAGAUGAGAAGCUGAAUAAAGGUGAACAGAUCCUCCAAGAGCACCGGAACACUGACCGCACUAUAACAGACUUGUCUGUGGCAGAUGACUCCCAGGUGGAGCGUAUGGGUAUAGCCCUGCAGCUGCAGGUGGAGAGGCUGGUGCUGGCCCUGAGGGAGAGCACCAGGAAGGAGAGGCAGCAGGCCGUGGAGCGCCUCCAGAACAACUGCAGCAGGGUUAGAGAGGACCUGAGCCAGACCCAGGACAUCUACCACUACCUGGGCUCCUUGCUGGAGGAGACAGACCCCUUCCUGCUCAUCUGGGCAUUUCAAUCUGAUGACUCAAGGCUGCUUGCGGACCUGAACUGUCCCCUGUUCACUCCUGACUCCCUCAGCCUCGACAGGAAGUAUAUUAUGGAGGAUAUCGAGAGCAAGUACAGAGAGUUCAUCACCGAGACACUGCGCUGUCUCACCGAACUCAAGAGAGAGCUCUUAACAAGUCAGCUGACUCUGGACACUAACUCUGCCCAUCCUCUCCUGAGCAUUUCGGACGGCCUGCGGUCAGCCAUGCGGGUCAAACAGCGCCUUCCGUGUGCCACUCACCCUGACCGCUUUGACCACUGGGCUCAAGUCCUGACCGUCCAGACCUUCUCCUCAGGAACCCAUUACUGGGAGCUGGAGGCAGAGGGCUUCUGGGACAUUGCGGUGUCCUACCGGAGCAUCGGGCGGAAAGGGAAGGAGGGCACUGCCUUUGGAAAUAACAAGAUGUCUUGGAGCCUGACGCAGCAGCACGACAGGAAGCUGGCUGCCUGGCACAACCGCAGGAAGACCCGCCUUUCCAGCCGGAUGUCAGGCAACCGUGUGGGUGUGGCCCUGGAUUAUGGCAUAGGCACAAUCACUUUCUCAGAGGUGGGGCCUUCCAACACCCUGACCCACUUGCACACCUUCAGCACAUCCUUCAACCAGCCGGUGUGCCUAGGCUUUGGCCUCUACAAGGCUGAGCUCCACAGCAGAAUCUCUAUAGUGAGGGUGUGAGGGAUCAUUAGAGACCAGAGAAUACAAAUUAUAUUUCUAUAGCUGGGACACCUUCGGAGUGGGRCUCAGGGAUGGAGACUUUGUGAGAGGUUUCCUUCUGGAACAUCUCCCAGGAUCUCAUGAGUGAUUGGACUAUGAACAAAAGAGCUUGUGUGAGCAUGAAUAAUUGUAAGACUACAUUCUUACAGCACUCAGGACUUGAAAUACUGUGAACUAUGGCUUUGAAUCAGUAAGUGAUAAGGGAAUGUAUAUGUUUAAGGUAAUGAUUAAAGAAUUCCACCCUGAAACUUAACAAUUAGUAAUGAUUAGUUUUAAUGAAUAAUUAAAGUGCUAAACGUAAGUCCAAUAAGGUUCGGUAGAGACAAGUGAGGGAGAGAAAUGUGUGUGUGUGUGUGUGACUAAGAAAAUACCGAGAACAAUUAAACUGUGUAUGACCUGACCUGGCUAGAACUUUGAGAAACUUACGGCAAGAAAGGGAGUCCCAUCAAGGUCCCUCUAAUCUCGGGGGAAUGGAAUUGCCAGCUUGGUAGUGAUAAACAGUGGUGAGAACUAUGGGGAAGGAUACAUCCCACCUACUGUUCGUGUGUAUGUGCGUAAGUAGGGAGGGAGUGAGUUAUAAAAUGACAUGUUCUUUGUAUUUUGACUUUAGAAUGUUCUCAUGAAUAAACUUU